ACUUUGUUAAUUAUUAUGUAAUUAUUGUUAUUCUACACGCCGUCCGGACGGGGACGAUCCAUUAUUCAACUAGCCAAACGGAAAACGAUAAGGAAGAAUGGGACGAACGAGCAGUUUGCAAGAGCCAAAGGUUCCGCUGACCGCCUGAAACAUUCAGAAACCUUGAGAAAGGAAGAAAUCUAACCUGCUGCGGGGAGCGGCGGCGACAAUUGGAUUACCGGAGGAUAACGGAAAAACUUUGAUGUCAAAUUGAGUUGUAUCGGAGACGGGAAAGAUGGAGACUAACGGCGCCGGCGGCGGUGGAGGAAGCAGCAGCAGCAAGAGGAGCGAAAUAGGAAAGCCGAUUAUAGGAAUGGUUUGCGGUACGCUGGUGUACUACCACUGUGCUCAUCGGAAUUCCAGCCUUCUCUCCCUCCUCUCCGACGUCCUCAUCGUCCUCCUCUGCUCCCUCGCCAUUCUCGGCCUUCUCUUCCGCCAAUUGAACAUCUCGAUUCCUGUAGAUCCACUGGAGUGGCAGAUCUCUCAAGACACUGCUAAUAGUAUUGUUGCAUGGUUUGCUAACACCAUAGGAGCAGCUGAAUCUGUGUUGAGGGUUGCAGCAACUGGACAUGACAAGAGGUUAUUCUUUAAGGUUGUAAUCUGUCUCUACAUACUAUCGGCGUUGGGGCGAUUGGUUCCAGGGGUUACAGUUGCAUAUGCUGCAUUGUGCAUGUUCUGCCUGUACAUUCUGGCCGACAACUCAGAAACAUGCAGCAGUUGCCUCUCUUGGCUGUUGGGCCGUAGCAACAGCACCUCUGCAGAACCAGAUAGCUAGCAAGCCAAGUUGAACCAAGUUUUGUUUGGCCGAAGUAACAGCACAAUUCCAGAAUCAGAUAGCUAGCGAGCUCAAAUCAAUUUGCGGACCGCAAAUCUCGUGUUCUUCAGCAGCUUUUCUCCAUCUAACUACUUGAAGGCCGUUGGUGGUUUCCCCCCUUCUGUACAUACAAUACAGCUCAUUCAUUGUUGGAGCUUCGCAUGAACUCCUCUGUUAAACUUCCAUUCAAUCAAAUGUGCAUAAAAUUCAAUAUGGACAUUUUCAGACGG